AUGACUCUUCUCGAUCCCUGCAAGCCCAUCGACCAACCCAUCGAUGGCCCAGCCCUCCCCUUCAAGUACCGCAACAGCUGGGAAGUGAUUCUCUUCUUUGACAUGGACCUGAAUACCAGGCAUCAUUGCCUCGGCGCCGUCUGCGACUCUCUUACCCGCCAACUAGAACACACCUAUAGAGUCUACGGAGACGCACUGGGUGAGGUUCCUCCCGGCUACACGCGCCUAGCCGUGACAUACCAUCUCAGCGAUCUCCCUCCCCCGAGACAGUACACUGAUCCCGAGGCAGUCUAUCAGCGGAUUGAUACGUAUUUGAAAAAUUAUAUCCGCUUGUACGAACCGUUCCGUACAAUCGAGGUCAAGAAGCGAUGGCGGUUUAUUGAUACGGUCUGUUUUGGUAUCUAUGAGGUUACGUCGGAGUUUAAUCGGAUUACCGGGAUGCAGAAUGAUCAACCUUGCUAG